AUGAAAAACAACCAUAACCACGGUCAACAGUAUUUUACAGUGCUAUCGAGCGGUAUGUCGGGUGGUAACAGUGCCUCGACCACGGACGCGGCGGUGGCGGAUUUCGAGGGACAAAAUACCAGAGGCGGAGCGUCGCCAACGGCCAAACUUCGAACGCGGGAAUUACUCACAGACACAAACGCCGACGACGGGACUCGUCAAUUUAUCAUGUUUGCAAUCACUUUUUGA